CUGCCAGAGUUCCAGUUCCCGGCGGGCGGCCGAGCGUUAAGCAGCCCAGUGCUUCCGGAUUCCCCGGCGCCGAGGCUGGGCUCUCGGGGCUGGGACUCCCUACAUUCCCACCUCGGGGCGGGCUGGGCGGGGCUGGCUUGGAAGGAAACCGCCCAGUGAGGGCAGAACCAGGUGGACACACCGGCUCCUUCUCGGGCGCCGGCAGAGGUGCCGGCAGAGGUGCCGGCAGAGUGCACCAUGCCCCCCAAAUAUGACGUGUUGACUCAAGAUGAGCUGCGCAAAAGGCUGUACCAGAUGUUUAAGGACCGGGGUAUACUGGACGCGCUCAAGCCAGAUGCAGCUGAGAAAGCAGCUCAUUCAGGAACUGAUGCACCCUGUACUGAGUGGAGAAAUGGAGCCCCGGUCCAUCUCAGUGGAAGGAAGCGCCCUGUUAAUAGGCGCUUCCAACUCUCUAGUGGCAGAUCACUUACGGAGAUGCGGCUAUGAGUACUCGCUUUCAGUUUUCUUCCCAGAAAGUGGCUUGGCAGAGGAACAGGUAUUUACUAUGCAGGAUCUAUUACAGCUCAUUAAAAUCAACCCUGAGUCCAGUCUCUACAAAUCACUGGUUUCAGGAUUUGAUAAAGGAAACAAUAAAGGUUUUCUCCUCGAGUUUCUAAAAGAAAUGGCAGAAUACCAUCAGACCAAAGAGAUUCGUGACAUGGAAACUCAGACAAGUACAACACUUCUUAGCAAAGACUCUCUUGCUGAGAAGCUUCAGCUUAUUGAUGACCAGUUUGCAGAUGCUUACCCUCAGCGUCCAAAGUUGGAAUUUUUAGAAAUCAAGUUAAAUGAGUAUAAGAAAGAAGUGGAACAGCAGCUUCAGGCAGAAAUGCAACAAAAGCUGCAGCAUUUUAAAAGUAAUGAAAUAGAAAAAAUCAAAAGGGAAGAGAAGAAGAAGUCUGAGGCAGAAUUAGCGAAGUUCUGGAAUGACGUUGAGAGAGCUUGUCAAGCAAAAUCGGAAGCCCUCCUUUCUCGGGAAAAGAUGUCCCUUGAGAGAAUUCAAAAGCACCAGGAGAUGGAAACGAAAGAAAUUUAUGCUCAACGGCAGCUUCUGCUAAAAGAUAUAGAUUUGCUGAGAGGCAGAGAGGCAGAGCUGAAGCAAAGAAUUGAAGGUUUUGACUUGGCCCAGAGGCUACAAGAAGAAAAAAAUAAAAGCGUGAGUGAUGCACUUAGGAGACGGGAACUGAACAUAAAAAGUAUGGAGGAAGCCUAUGAACAGAAGCUCAAGAAUGAAGUUCUCAAGUAUCAACUAGAGCUGAAGGACGACUACAUCGCCAGAACUAACAGACUGGUUGAAGAGGAAAGGAAGAACAAAGAUAAAGCUAUACGUUUGCAGGAGGAGCUCGCAGCCGUUAAUUUGAGAAAGGAGGAACUAAGUCAUUCUGCAAAUCAUGUGAAAGAACUUCAGCUUGAGGUUGAGUCUCUCAGAGCCCAGUGUUUGGCAGUAACAAAGCAAAACCACCUGCUGAGUGAAAAAACCAAAAACAUGAGCGACUAUUCACUUCUAAAAGAGGAGAAAGAAGAGCUUCAGGAGGAAAAUAAACUACUCAAACAACAAAUGCAAGAGAGUAGAAAUGAAAACUUGAGUCUCUUAAACCGCAUAGCUCAGCCAUCUCCUGAGCUGCUGAGUUUCCAGAAAGAAUUAAAGAAAGCAAAAGAUGCUAUCCUGUUAGGGCAUAAGGAGUUCGAAAUGCACAAGGAAGCUCUGCAGAAGCAGCUGCAAACUGAAAUUGAGCGUUCUACAAAGCUGAAGGCCCGGAUACUGGAGUACGAAGCUGCUGUAAGGAGGUUAUCUGUGCAGGUGGCUGAUUUAAAAAUGCAGCUGAAACAAACUGAGACAGUCCUAGAGAAUGAAGUGUACCGCAGUGUAAAGCCGCUUCUGGUCAACGGAUUCGUGCUGUCUCCCGACAGUGGAAUAAGCGAGGAUUUCUUGAAAAGUCUUCUCAGACAGGAACAGCCAACAACGGCAGACACAGAUACACCAGGAAUCGUAAAUUAUCCAAGUGCAAGCACAGAUGCUAGCUCCCCUGAGUCAGACUUUGAGUUUGUAGCCAACACCAAGGCAAGAAUGAGAGGGCUAGAGCGUGAGGCUGAAUGCUUAGAGAAAGCUUUCAGAGAUUACUGUCAAAGGGUUCGUCAUUGGCCCCAGGAUGGAAGCCCACUAGCGUCCCAGAGCCCACCUCCCCCGCAGGUGCGAGGAACUCACAGGAAUGUCAUGUUAAGUUCCUCGGAAAGACGUGUCUUUGCAGACGAAGGAGCUGUGCCCAAGCAGCCUUCAUUAAGCGAGAUAGAAGCGUGGAUGAGCACUACAGCCUUCCGGUCCCGCAGAGGAGCUGGCAGACGCCUCUCCGCCAGUGCCCUUGAGAGAGCUAAACGGACCUUUGAGGCCGAAAUGCACCUGGAAGGUCUGCGUCGAUCCCGAGUCACUGACCGCGGUCCACAUCCUGAAAGAAUGCCACAGCCUUCGCCUGCUGAGCGUAGGCACAGCCUUUCCGUCCAUUCGCUUUCCAGCCCUCCGGAGCAGGAGGCCCGUCCUUAUCAAAGACAAGCUGAAUUUCAAGACAGAGCUGAAUUUCCGAAUCCAGACGACCAGUGUGUGAUUGAUAACGAAGAAUUUGAAUCAUCUCUUCACUCUCGUGUCGAUGCAGGGGAUAUGCCAAAGCGCGUAGAGGCGGAUGGCCUCCGUCCUGCUGGUGACAUGCCUCAGUUGGACGCUGCCGCAGCUGCUCUUCCUGCAAGACCUGUCUCCUCUGACUACCCAGACAUGGAUCAGACACAAAAUGUGGAAGACAGCGAAGAAGAAAAAAUAUGGCAGCUGGUUGAAGAACAAGAACAGAGAGAAGAAAGAAGUCAGAGUCUACGAGGAGCUUCACAGAGGGAACGGAGAGAACUAGAAAAACUCAACCAACAACGGUGGAUGAUUGAAGAGUCAUUGAAGAUUGAAAUGGAGAAGGACUUAGAAGUGAGUGUUCAAGAAAUGAAAGACAAACCUGCUUGUGAUGAAAGUCCUUUCGAGAAAUACAUGAAAAUCAUCCAGGACAAUCAGGACCAGAAGAAGGAUGAUAAGAACUCGGUGAAGGUGGUCAAAGAAGUUUCGCAGGUGGACACGCUGCCCUCCAGUGACAAAGAUGAGAGUUUCGCAGACCAUUCUCAUGAAGAACCAGACGACUUUUGGUAACUGCGUGUGCUGGCCAGCUUCUUGCUCCUAUAACACCAAAAGGCCUGUGACUUCUCUGUAUUGAGACAGAGUUCUCAAUAAACAGUGUUUGAUCCAA